UAACGUAGUCUUACGUCACACGUAAGGUCAAGAGGAAAGAAGCAUGGCCGCUGUGUUGAGAAGUUCUCGGUACCUAGUUGGAAGGUCUUGCAAGCAUGUUGACUUUGCAUUCGUCUCCACAAGGUCUAUGGCCUCAAAGACACAGGUCGGGUUUGUUGGUCUGGGCAAUAUGGGAAACCCAAUGGCAAAGAACUUGCUGAAGCACGGAUACCCAGUCAUUGCUACAGAUGUGUUCCCGGAGUCCUGCAAGGAAGUGCAAGAGCUGGGUGCUCAGAUUGUGGAUAAUCCUGCUGAGGUAGCGGACAAGGCUGACCGCAUUAUCACCAUGCUCCCCUCUAGUCCCAAUGUCAUAGACGUGUACACUGGACCAAAUGGCAUUCUCAAAAAGGUGAAGAAGGGCUCCCUACUCAUUGACUCCAGUACCAUUGACCCAGCUGUUUCAAAAGAGAUGGCUGCUGCUGCUGAGAAGAUGGGAGCAGUUUUUAUGGAUGCACCUGUAUCAGGAGGUGUGGGUGCUGCCAGUUCGGGUAAACUGACUUUUAUGGUUGGAGGAGCCGAGGAGGAAUUUACUGCAGCCAAAGAACUUCUCAGUUGCAUGGGAGCUAAUGUGGUGUACUGCGGUCAAGUUGGAACUGGACAGGCUGCUAAAAUCUGUAACAACAUGCUUCUAGCCAUUGGAAUGAUAGGGACUUCAGAGACAAUGAAUUUGGGAAUCAGGCUUGGUCUUGAUCCUAAACUGUUGGCCAAGAUCCUGAACAUGAGUUCAGGUCGAUGUUGGUCCAGUGACACCUACAACCCUGUGCCUGGUGUCAUGGAGGGAGUCCCAUCUGGGAAUAACUACCAAGGAGGCUUUGGCACCCAGCUGAUGGCUAAGGAUCUAGGCCUCGCACAGAACACAGCCACCAACACAAAGACUCCUGUUCCCCUCGGCUCCUUAGCCCAUCAGAUGUACCGUAUGAUGUGCGCACGUGGUUAUGCCAAUAAAGAUUUCUCCUCCGUAUUCCAGUUUCUGCGUGAUGAGGAAGGCCAGUAAUGUCAGCCCCGUCCACAGCCUUGCCAGGCCAGGCGCUUCACAGGACUAACAUAGUGUACUUGGUGCGCAUUUUGCCCCAAGGACCUUUUUUUUUUUUUUCACUUCUCUCUUCAAAGUUGUGAAAGGCAUGAUUCCUACAGAGUUCCAACACAAAGUGACAGAUCAUGUGUGCACUUCUCACCUUUAGGAAAUCAUGUUUCCUGUGUGAUCUAGCCUUUUUUUUUUUUUAAAUGCAACACUCCUUUCAGUUUUUAGAAGCAAGUGAAUUGUCAGAUACAUGGAGGAUCCAAAAGAUCAGCAGACUGUCGAGCAGUGGUAGCUCUGCAGAGGUUGCUCUUAAAAUAAAUCUGGGAAUCUGUGGUGUUAAGAAGACAACUCUAUUAGGCUAAACAGCUGCAAUACAGUUUAGUCUCCACAUAUUUGUCUAUUGUUUGUGAUCAUUUCUUAAUGCUGCUGUGUUUGGGGGGGGGGGGUUUGUUUGUUUUUUGUUUUUUUUCCUGUUUAUGGCCAUUAUUUCUCUUGACAUUGGAAAUGUUACUUUGAGAUAAGAGUGUUAACAUAUGAUAACAUAUCCUAGGAAAUAAAGACAAAUUGUGAUGUCUUAAA